GUCGCCGCCGCGCGCCCAACCCGGGGGCGGCCCCCCCAGCCCCAUGGAGGUCUCCCGGAGGAAGGCACCGCCGCGCCCCCCGCGCCCCGCCGCGCCGCUGCCCCUGCUCGCCUAUCUACUGGCGCUGGCGGCGCCAAGCCGGGGCGCGGAAGAGCCCGUGUGGCGGUCGGAGCAAGCCAUCGGAGCCAUCGCGGCGAGCCGGGAGGACGGCGUGUUCGUGGCGAGCGGCAGCUGCUUGGACCAGCUGGACUACAGCCUGGAGCACAGGCUCUCGCGCCUGUACCGGGACCAAGCGGGCAACUGCACGGAGCCCGUCUCGCUGGCGCCCCCCGCGCGGCCCCGGCCGGGGAGCAGCUUCAGCAAGCUGCUGCUGCCCUACAGCGAGGGGGCGGGCGACCUCCAGGGGCUGCUGCUCACCGGCUGGACCUUCGACCGGGGCGCCUGCGAGGUGCGGCUCCUGGGCAACCUGAGCCACAGCUCCCUGCGCAACGGCACCGAGGUGGUGUCGUGUCACCCGCAGGGCUCGACGGCCGGCGUGGUGUACCGCGCGGGGGACCAGAACCGCUGGUACUUGGCAGUGGCCGCCACCUACGUGCUGCCGGAGCCCGAGACGGCGAGCCGCUGCAACCCGGCGGCGUCCGACCGCGACACCGCUAUCGCCCUCAAGGACACGGAGGGACGCAGCCUAGCCACGGAGGAGCUGGGCCGCCUCAAGCUGCGCGGGGGCGCGGGCAGCCUGCACUUCGUGGACGCCUUUCUCUGGAACGGCAGCGUCUACUUCCCCUACUAUCCCUACAACUACACGAGCGGCGCCGCCACGGGCUGGCCCAGCAUGGUGCGCAUCGCGCAGAGCGCCAAGGUGCUGCAGUUCCAGGGCCAGGCGGCCCUCGACUGCGGCCACGGCCACCCCGACGGCCGGCGCCUGCUCCUCUCCUCCAGCCUGGUGGAGGCCCUGGGCGUCUGGGCGGGCGUGUUCAGCGCGGCCACCGGGGAGGGCCAGGAGAGGCGCUCCCCCGCCACCACGGCGCUCUGCCUCUUCAGGAUGAGUGAGAUCCAGGAGCGCGCCAAGAGCUGCCCCUGGGACUUCCAGACGGCGGAGCACAACUGCAAAGAAGGGGAGCCACCUGAGAGAGUCCAACCAGUCGCCUCAUCUACCUUGAUCCAUUCCGACCUGACAUCCGUUUAUGGCACCGUGGUAAUGAACAGGACUGUUUUGUUCUUGGGGACUGGAGAUGGCCAGUUACUUAAGGUUAUUCUUGGUGAGAAUUUGACUUCAAAUUGUCCAGAGGUUAUUUAUGAAAUUAAAGAAGAAACACCUGUUUUCUACAAACUGGUUCCUCAUCCUAAGAAGAAUAUCUACAUCUAUCUAACAGCCGGGAAAGAGGUGAGGAGAAUUCGUGUUGCCAACUGCAGUAAACAUCAAUCCUGUACGGAGUGUUUAACGGCAGCAGACCCUCACUGCGGUUGGUGCCAUUCGCCACAAAGGUGUACUUUUAAAGAAGAUUGUUUACAUCCAGAGAACUUUGAAAACUGGCUGGAUAUUUCAUCAGGAGCAAAAAAGUGCCCUCAAAUUAACCUAUUUCGAAGCAGUAAAGAUAAGACUACAGUCACUGUGGUGGGAAGCUUCCCUCCCAAACGCUCGGAGUGGGAGUGUGUGGUGAAGAACCUGGACACAGGCAGGCAGCUCUGCAGGGGUAAAAGUCCGCCAGGCAAGACCUGCACGUGCAGCAUCCCCACCAGAGCAACCUACAAAGAUGUUUUGGUUGUCAACGUGACAUUCUCCGUCGGUUCUUGGCAUUUAUCAAAAAGAUUCAACUUUACCAACUGUUCGUCAUUAAGAGAAUGCCCAGUAUGUAUUGGAACUGGCUGUGCUUGGUGUAAAAGUGAGAGAAGGUGUAUCCACCCCUUCACAGCUUGUGACCCUUCUGAUUACAAGCGAAACCAGGAACACUGUCAGGUUGCUGUUGAGAAAUGGACACCACCCAAGACAGCAGGAGGAAGAUUCAUGGAGAAUAAGAGUAAUAGGACCCAUCAGGGCUUGCAGGUCUUUUACAUUAAGUCCAUUGAGCCACGGAAGAUAUCGACUUUAGGGAAAAGUAACGUGAUCGUCACGGGGGCAAACUUUACCCAGGCAUCCAACAUUACGAUGAUCCUGAAAGGAACCAGUACUUGCGAGAAGGAUGUGAUACAGGUUAGCCAUGUGCUAAACGACACCCAUAUGAAAUUUUCUCUACCAUCAAGCCGGAAAGAAAUGAAGGAUGUGUGUAUCCAGUUUGACGGCGGGAACUGUACAUCUGUGGGACCCUUGUCGUAUAUUGCUCUGCCACACUGUUCCCUCAUAUACCCUGCCACAACCUGGAUCAGUGGUGGUCAAAAUAUAACUAUCGUGGGCAGAAAUUUUGAUGUAAUUGACAACUUAAUCAUUUCACAUGAGUUAAAAGGAAACAUAAAUGUCUCUGAAUAUUGUAUGGCGAAUUCCUGCAGGUUUUUAGCCCCCAGUUUAAAGAGUUCAAAAGCACGUACAAAUGUCACCGUGAAGCUGAGAGUCCAGGAGACCUACUUGGACUGCGGAAGCCUGAAGUAUCUUGAGGACCCCAGGUUCACAGGGUGUCGGGUCGAACCUGAGGGGGACACAGAACUGGAAGUGAAAAUUCAAAAAGAAAACGAUGAGUUCAACAUCUCCAAGACGGACAUUGAAAUCACCCUCUUCCAUGGGGAAAAUGAGCAAUUAAAUUGCAGUUUUGAAAAUAUUACGAGAAAUCAAGAUCUCACCAUCAUCCUUUGCAAAAUUAAAGGCAUCAGUAAUGCGAACAGCAUUGACACCUCUUCCAAGAAAGUUCGCGUCAAACUGGGAAACUUGGAGCUCUACGUCGAGCAGGAAACAGUUCCUACCACUUGGUAUUUUCUGAUUGUGCUUCCUGUCUUGCUAGUGAUUGUCAUCUUUGCGGCCGUAGGGGUAACCAGGCACAAAUCGAAGGAGCUGAGCCGCAAACAGAGCCAACAGCUGGAGCUCCUGGAGAGUGAGCUCCGGAAAGAGAUACGUGAUGGCUUUGCUGAGCUGCAGAUGGAUAAAUUGGAUGUGGUUGAUAGUUUUGGAACUGUUCCCUUCCUUGACUACAAACAUUUUGCUCUGAGAACUUUCUUCCCCGAGUCAGGUGGCUUCACACACAUCUUCACCGAAGAUAUGCAUAACAGAGAUGCCACUGACAAGAAUGAAAGUCUCACAGCUUUGGAUGCCCUGAUUUGUAAUAAAAGUUUCCUUGUUACUGUCAUCCACACCCUUGAGAAGCAGAAGAACUUUUCAGUGAAGGACAGGUGUCUGUUUGCCUCCUUCUUGACCAUUGCACUGCAAACCAAGCUGGUCUACCUGACCAGCAUCCUGGAGGUGCUGACCAGGGACUUGAUGGAACAGUCCAGUAACAUGCAGCCUAAACUCAUGCUAAGACGCACGGAGUCUGUGGUAGAAAAACUCCUCACAAACUGGAUGUCUGUCUGCCUUUCUGGUUUUCUGCGGGAAACUGUUGGAGAGCCGUUCUAUUUGCUGGUGACGACUUUGAACCAGAAAAUAAACAAGGGUCCUGUGGAUGUAAUCACUUGCAAAGCCCUGUACACCCUGAACGAAGACUGGCUGCUGUGGCAGGUUCCAGAGUUCAGUACUGUGGCAUUAAACGUCAUCUUUGAAAAGAUCCCGGAAAAUGAGAGCGCAGAUGUCUGUCGGAACAUUUCAGUCAAUGUUCUUGAUUGUGACACCAUAGGUCAGGCCAAAGAAAAGAUUUUCCAGGCUUUCCUAAGCAAAAAUGGCUCUCCUUAUGGACUUCAGCUGAACGAAAUUGGUCUCGAGCUACAAGUGGGUACACGACAAAAAGAGCUGCUGGAUAUUGACAGUUCAUCUGUGAUUCUUGAAGAUGGAAUAACAAAGCUAAAUACCAUCGGCCACUACGAGAUAUCAAAUGGAUCCACCAUAAAGGUCUUUAAGAAGAUAGCAAAUUUUCCUUCAGAUGUGGAAUACUCAGAAGACCACUGCCAUUUGAUUUUACCAGAUUCGGAAGCAUUCCAAGAUGUGCAAGGAAAAAGACAUCGAGGAAAACACAAGUUCAAAGUAAAAGAAAUGUAUCUGACAAAGCUGCUGUCGACCAAGGUGGCAAUUCAUUCUGUGCUUGAGAAACUUUUUAGAAGCAUUUGGAGUUUACCCAACAGCAGAGCCCCAUUUGCUAUAAAAUACUUUUUUGACUUUUUGGAUGCCCAAGCUGAAAACAAAAAAAUCACAGAUCCUGAUGUCGUACAUAUUUGGAAAACAAACAGCCUUCCUCUUCGCUUCUGGGUAAACAUCCUGAAGAACCCUCAGUUUGUCUUUGACAUUAAGAAGACACCACACAUAGACGGCUGUUUAUCUGUGAUUGCCCAGGCAUUCAUGGACGCAUUUUCUCUCACAGAGCAGCAACUCGGGAAGGAAGCACCAACUAAUAAACUUCUCUAUGCCAAGGAUAUCCCAACCUACAAAGAGGAAGUAAAAUCGUAUUACAAAGCAAUCAGGGAUUUGCCUCCAUUGUCAUCUUCGGAAAUGGAAGAAUUCUUAACUCAGGAAUCUAAGUCAUUUCAGAAUCUCUCAACAAGACUCUCUUUCUUUAAGAAACAUGAAAAUGAAUUUAAUGAAGAAGUGGCCUUGACAGAAAUCUACAAAUACAUCGUAAAAUAUUUUGAUGAGAUUCUAAAUAAACUAGAAAGAGAACGAGGGCUGGAAGAAGCUCAGAAACAACUCUUGCAUGUAAAAGUCUUAUUUGAUGAAAAGAAGAAAUGCAAGUGGAUGUAAGCACUCUGGGGACUGGCUUAAUCUGGCAAAAUUCUUCAGACGACUUGGGAGCAAAAUGGCUGCUUGAGCUACUCUGUGUCAUUAAUUUUUUUAAAGUUUGCACAUAGGUUCCACUUUGAGCACUUUUAGAGACCAAGGCACAUGCACAGCUUUUAGAAAGCAUACCAACCACUGUGCCUGUGCAUAUACUGUAGGAACCUUUCUGUAAAUAGAGUCGAAGUGGUUGUUGCAAACAGCCUCCUUGUUUACAGAGAAUACAGGGCCAGUAAGCAAGUGUCAGUUAACUAUAGUCUCCACUUAAGCACAAUGACAGCAGUGGUUUUGUGUCUGAAAACUACAGUUAUGUAGCACUUGUGACUACACUGCACCUCUGCAGAAAAGGGACACUGCCAGUGAUCACAAGAAAAUGUGAAAUCAGUCAUUUGGAAACAAGGUGGGAGUGUUAGGGCAACCUCGAGGAUUUGCAGCAUUGAAACUUUCCCCAGUAGUUCUUGGAAAAGCUGACCACGGAAUUUGGUAGUGUGUACACUUAGCAUUCGUGAGUGUGUGUGUGUUUUUAAACCAAAAACUGACAGUGUUGCAACAUUGUUGAAAGGGCUCGUGUUUUUCAGUGGUCGCCAACUGCACUCCAUCAACUCACCUCCAUCUCACGAAGGAGCUCUAAAGCAAGGAGAGUGAGGAGGCUUUAUUUAAAUGCAACAGCAUUUUACCCACUUUGUCCUGAUGUGUGUUCCUUUUUUUCAUUUUUUUCAUACUAAAUGUAUUUGAUAGUGGACAUGUUGACUAUUGUAAAACAAAACAUCAUUAGUUUAUUUCUGUCUAAAAACUUUGAUCAGAACUAUCUGUAGAAGAGUAACUCCCUCCCCUACUCCUACAUUUCUAUACUUGGUGUCUCCUUGCUUUAGAUUUCUGGUGAACCCUGUGGUUAUAAAUACUUGUGUGUGAUUAAAAAAAAAA